AUGGCUUUGCCACUGACACUAGCUUCGCUAUCUCAACAUAUACUAAUGAAAAAUAAAACACACAAAGAUGUUGAUUUAGAUACAAGGUCAAGUAAUCAACUCAAACAUGGUUUGUCUGUUGAUGAGCUUGAGCCUGUACAAUCUUAUAAAAGACGGCAAUUUACUGUUCCCAAUAGCCAGUUUAGAACAACUGAUUCACGGACCAUUUCAAGAUCAACAAUAUUCACCAAUCCAUAUUCCAGAGAGCUUAGACAUGCGGUAAAAAAUAUUGAAGAAAUGCAAACGUUCGAAAAUUCUUUAUUGUCCAUUGAUAUUGAUGGAUGUUUAAAAGAAAAUUAUCAUGACAUAACUACAUCACAGACUAAGAAUGAUACAAUGUUAGGGUCAACAAAUAACACAAAUAACACAAUUUCAUCAGAUUUGAUUUUAACAUUUAUGGCUUUAGAUGAUAUAUCAAAAAUAGAAAAAAGAAUCGAAGUUGGAUAUGAUGACUUAUCAGGAAUUGCACAAAUUAUGAACAAUAACUUUGCUUCUACGCAAAGCAUUCAAACAUCAUCAGAUAUUCAAAAUCAAAUGGAAGUACUAUUAAAUCGUGGUAUUUUUCAAAGUUUUGAAUCUAAUGAUGAUGUUGAUAAUUCACAUGAUGUUGCUGUGAUUGUUGAGGAUGACAAUGACAAUGAUAAUAAUUAUAAUUAUGAUUAUAAUACUGAG